AUGUCCUUCUCGAUUCCGGGCACGCCCAGACGACGAUACAUCCCGCUACCUACUCGUCCGCCUUCGCUCUCCCCUACUUCUCUCAAGCAGCUGCAUGAACAGCUUUCGGGCUUCUUGGCACACGCGCUCAGUUACAGCAAUGAACACGCCCAGGAUUACCCACGUGCUACCGUCUACAGCGGUCUCGCAGGGAUCUCAUUGCUCAAUCACCAUAUCGCGCCCUUCAUACCACACCUAACGAGUCGACAAACUGCGCAUUCCCAGCUGGUUUCAGCCCUCCAAUCGGACCCACUACAGACACCUUCACGCGGCAGCAAAGUCGGCUUUCUCGAUACAUCGGUCGGUCCUGCGACCUUGGUCCUGUACUACCAGCUCUGCCAUUUUACUUCGCCAUCUUCACAACAGCCGCCCUUCAGCAUGAAAGAAUGCGCGUGGUGCGCACGUUUGCUACACGAUGCAGCGAACGCGGCUACACAGGACGGCGAGGGUUCUGAGAUGCUGGAGGAUGGCUGCGAAUUGCUAUAUGGGCGCGCCGGGCUCCUCUAUGCACUUCUGCUACUCAAGAGCGCUGUUCCCACCUUGAACGAGGGCAGUCCUGAGAGCCCUAAUGGCCUUGAGAGUCUUGUCGAACUUUUGCGGCCGCUCACGCGGACCCCUACUCUGAAGCUCCUCGUGGAUGACCUCAUUCGCCGAGGUAGAGCGGGGGCUACCCGUUUCUCAGCGGAGUCUCGGCUAACGGAGGGACCAGGACUGAUGUGGGUGUGGCAUGGUAAGCGGUAUCUGGGUGCAGCUCAUGGCGUUGCGGGCAUCCUCGACGUCAUUCUGCAUUGUCCAGAGAGCGUCCUCGUGACACAUUCCGGCGUCAUCUGUAACACUGUGGAGCAUUUACUAUUUCUCCAAGAUGCGUCGGGGAACUGGCCCUCGUCUGCGAGCACCAUGCCCGUGACCAUCCCGAAAUCGUCCGACCUCGUCCAAUGGUGCCAUGGAAGCACAGGCAUGAUUCCCCUCCUCUCGUCUAUACUGCAACGCUCCAAGGCCCUACGUCUCUCGUCUGACCUGCGCUCCGCAAUAUUGUCAUCGCUUGAUCGCGCCGCGGCACUCACGUACUCCCGUGGCCUCACGCGGAAAGGUCCAGGACUUUGCCAUGGCGCAUCUUCGUCUGCCUGUGCGCUGCUCAUGCUCGCGGACUGCCCUGCUCUAGCACCAGAAGCACGUCAGCGCCAUCUUUGGCAUGGCCUACACCUUGCCCAGUGCAUAGCGGAGCUUCAGCCGCGCGGUGCAUUCGCCGAUGGGGAUCGUCCUGCAAGUCUAUAUGAAGGACUUGCCGGCGCUUGUGCGGCCGUUGCCAUCGUCGUCUGCAAGCUUGAUACGCUGCUCGGCUAUUCACGGGCAGGAGGCAGCAUGAGAAGCGGCAUUCUGGGGUCCGCAGAUCUGCCGUUAUUGUAG